AUGGAGAAACUGGCCGCCGGGCUCGCCCAGAUCAGCUGGAGCUCGGGGGCGCUGCCCCUGGAUGUGAUCGUCAGCAAGUGCCGCCUGCCCACGCUGGUGCGCCUGGGGCCAGGAGAGUACGUGGAGGGGGUGAGUGAGCAGGACGUGCUCCUCAUUCACUCCUGCCGCCAGUGGACCACAGUGACGGCCCACAGCCUGGAGGAGGGGCACUACGUCAUCGGGCCCAAGAUCGACAUCCCGCUGCAAUACCCAGGGAAGUUUAAGCUGCUGGACCAAGACCGGGACGUGCGGGAACCAGUUCAGUAUUUCAACAGCGUGGAGGAGGUGGCCAGCAGCUUCCCGGACCGCGUCUUCGUCAUGGAGGCCAUCACCUUCAGCGUGAAGGUGGUGUCCGGGGAGUUCAGCGAGGACAGCGAGGUCUACAACUUCACGCUGCAGGCGGGCGACGAGCUGACGCUGAUGGGCCAGGCCGAGAUCCUGUGCGCCAAGGGGGCCAAGGAGAAGUGGCGCCUCCCCACCCUCCUGCGCAAGCUGGGCCGGGCGGGCCCGCCGGGUGGCAAGCCGGUGAAGGGCAAGGUGCCCUGCCUGAUCUGCAUGAACCACCGCACCAACGAGAGCCUCAGCCUGCCCUUCCAGUGCAAGGGCAGCUUCAGCACCCGCAGCCCGCUGGAGCUGCAGAUGCGGGAGGGCGAGCACACCAUCCGCAGCAUCAUCGAGAAGGUGCGGCUGCCCGUCAACGUGGCGGUGCCCGGCCGGCCCCCGCGCAACCCCUACGACCUGCACGCCAUCCGCGAGGGGCACUGCUACAAGCUACUCAGCAUCCUCUCCAGGACCGUGGUGCUGGGCUGCAUCCUGCGCCAGGAGGCCGUGGUGCCCUUCCACGUCCUGCUGCUGAGCGACAUGCCGCGCUUCGCCCUGCCCCAGGGGCUGCUCUGGGGUGACCCCCAGCUGGAGAAGCUGGUGCGGGACAGCGCCGCCGUCUGCCAGGAGCGCUUCGACCCCGACGAGUACUCCAAGGCCGUGCGGGAGGCCAAGCCCGACCUGGCGGAGGAGUGCGCCAGCCCCCGGCGCAUCCGCCUCUGCCUGCAGGGCUGCGCCCGCGAGGAGCUGGCCCCGGCCUUCCAGCGCCUCUCGCUCUGCAUCUAUAGCGGGGGCUCGGCCCACGCCCCCGAGGAGCCCCUGGCGGUGCCGGGCGGGCAGCCCCAGCAGCUGCUCCUCCCCCGCCAUGAGCGCUCGGCCCCGGCUGACCUCUCCGACUCGGAGCGGGAGUACGUCACGCCCGACUGGGCCGAGCCCGAGUUCAGGACUCAGGAGCCGCUGGAGAUCCCCUACGAGGAGCUCUGGACCAACCAGAACCCGGAGAACUUCUCGGAGCCCGGCGGCAACUGGCCGGGGCUGGGCAGCGCCAACAAAGGGCAGCGCGACCUCAUGUCCUUCGCCGCCUCCUCUCCGCUGGGCUCCCCUCACCGCCCCACCCUGCCCGGGGAGGAAACGCCGCCUCCCGUCCCGCCCAAAUCCGAAGCGGUGAAGGAGGAAUGUCGCUUGCUGAACGCACCCCCCGUCCCGCCCCGGGGCAGCCGGCCCCACGCCACCUCCAGCCCACCCGUCCCCCUGCGCUUCCCAAAGCUCCAGCCGGCACAUUCGCCCAGUCCCAGCCUCUCGUACUACUCGUCCGGGCUGCACGACGCGUCAGGGACGCGGAGCGGGAGCUGCUCACCCUCCCCGGACUCCUACUCCCUCUACUGCUACCCCUGCACCUGGGGCGACUGCAAGGCCGGGGACUCUGCCGGCCGCCAGCUGCCGGGGCCCCUGCCGCCCAGCACCCAGCCCAGCCAGACGUCCUGGUCGGACCCAUGGGCCUACGCCGACACGGGCCCCAGCGUGGCCAGCGGGCGCUCCACGCCCCUGCUGGGGGGCGACGCCCCCAUCAAGACCUACCACAGCUGCCCCCGCCUCAAGGCCCCCCACCCCCAGAAACGCUUUGCCCCUUUUGGGGCCCUGAACCCCUUUGCCAACCCCGCCUACUCGCCCAGCCCCUCCUCCUCCACCGAGUGGCUGGAGGCCCUGGACUGGCAGAAGCCCCCCGCCGCCCCCACGCCGGAGACCUUCGACCCCUUCGAGAGCGCCUCCCCCGAGUCGGAGCACUGCUACAGCCAGGAGGGCCGAGGCGGGGCGGGCGGCGCCUGCCUGGCCCCCCCGCCCCGGCCCCCCAAGAGCCUGGAGACGGAGAGCCUCGUGAUCCGCAGCACGGCGCCGCUCUCGCCCACCAUCGUGCGCGGGGCCGAGGGCGGCGUCACCCGCGUCUACCUCACGCAGGGCGUCAUUGAGGUGCCACCGGCGUCGGCCCCGCGCAGCGGCCCGGGCGAGAGCGCCAGCCACGUGCCCGGCGCGCCCUGGCUGAACGGCGACAGCUCGCCCUGGCAGCCGCCCGCCGACCUGGCGGCGCUGUCCGUGGAGGAGGUGUCCCGCUGCCUGCGCUUCAUCGGCCUCGCGGAGGACGUGGUGAGCUUCUUCGCCCGCGAGCGCAUCGACGGCAGCAUCUUCGUCCAGCUCCCCGAGGAGAUCCUCGCCGACGACUUCCGCCUCACCAAGCUGCAGGUCAAGAAGAUCAUGCAGUUCAUCAAGGGCUGGCGGCCCAAGAUCUAGCGUGAGGCCUGGCUCGUGGCAUGUGGAUGUGGGGCCCGGCCCGUGGACGUGAGCCCCUGAUCAUGGGCCCAGCCCAGGCACGUGGGGCCCGGCUGGUGGGCCUGGCCUGUGGACGUGGGACCUGGCUGGUGGGCCCGGCCCGUGGACGUGGGACCCAUUUCGUGGACCUAGCCCAUGGACGUGGGGCCUGGCUGGUGGGCCCGGCCCAUGCACAUGGGGCCCUGCUCAUGGGCCUGGCCUGUGGACGUGGGGCCUGGCUGGUAGGCCUGGCCUGUUGAUGUGG